AUGGGGAAGAUUGCAUUCUUCGAGGAUAAGAAUUUCCAAGGCCGAAGCCAUGAGUGCAGCACCGACUGUCCUGACCUGCGUUCUUACUUCGGCCGCUGCAACUCCGUUAAGGUGGAGAGUGGCUGCUGGGUGCUGUACGAGCGUCCCAACUAUACUGGCAACCAGUACAUCCUGAGCUCCGGGGAAUACCCUGAUCACCAACAGUGGAUGGGAUUCAAUGAUAGCAUCAAGUCAUGCCGCUCUAUCCAAAAUGUAAGCCCAUCAUGGAAGAUCAGAUUCUACGAAAAGAAGGAUUUCGAAGGUCAGGCUGCAGAGUGUGUUGAGGAUUGCGCAUCUGUUUACGAAACCUUCAAGUUCCAGGAAGUUCACUCCUCUGUGGUUAUGGAUGGUGCGUGGGUCCUCUACGAGCAACCCAACUACUGCGGGCACCAGUACUUCCUGGAACGUGGCGAGUACAACAACUACACCGACUGGGGCGCCACGUCCCCUGCUGUGGGAUCCUUCCGCAUGAUCACGAAGUUCUAGAACCACAUCAUCAAUUCAGGGUUCUGCAUCCCCUAAAAGAGCUAUUUGAAUGUUCAGGACACCAAAGUUCUAGAAUUCCUAAUAAAAUCUGAUUUAAGAGCUUAGAGUUCUAGAACAUUACUUCUAGAACACUUACUAGGUUCCAAAGUCCUAUGAGAAUCACAAUUACAAAUUCCCCCCAAGAUUCCAGAAUUCUACACCACUGAAGUUCCGGAGUUCUUGAGUCAGUUCUACAACAUCUCAAUAAGUCAAGAGUUCCAGAAAGCUAAGAUAAAAACAACUACCUACUUCUUAAAUUUAAA